AUGCCUGCCAGUAUGAAUACCGAGAAAGGGUCAUCCGUUGAGCCAAACGGCUCUAGCAGUUCUCAAUCUCCUCCCGCAUUCACGGAUUCUGGUAACAAGAAACGUGGGACGUCGUCCGCGGGUCUGGAUAGCAAUGGCAACCCGAAACCGGUCAAGCGGCGUGCUGCGAAAGCUUGCGCUGCGUGUAGGGCGAGGAAAGUACGUUGCGAUGUAAUGCAGAGAUAUCAUGUAAAUGCAGAAGGCAAUGUCACGUGUUCAAACUGUACAAUGGAUGGCAUUACCUGUGUUAUUGAGGAGAGCAAGCGCCGGAAGAAAAAUCUCAAUGGACAGCCAGCAGCGACAGAACCUCAACCCAAUGCCAAUGGUGUCACGCAAGCGUGGAGGAACGGCCUUGUUAAUCCAUCAGAUAUUGUGAAUCCUGACGCAAGAAGAUGGAGUGGAUCAGCAAUGUCAAACGACGGAGAAGAUUAUUCCUCCCAUGUUCCACAUGCCAUCUACCAAAACGUGAGCAAACAGAUUGAUAAAGGCGAGAUUCUGCGAAGAGCUGGUUACAUACAUCAAAAUCCUCAAUACGAUGCUGAAGCCUUCCAUGCGCUACUCACUUCAGCUGCACCGAGUGGGGAUAGAACACGGUCAAGAGUGGAAGAUUCACCAACUGUACCAGCAAUCCAGCAGAUGCCUAUGCUGAGGCAUGUGUUGCCAGGAUACUUGAAACCGCUGCCUCAACGUAUGACCUCCGUCGACAUUGACUACUUGUUUGCCAAAGGCGCCUUGUCUCUACCGGAUAUCACAGUCCGAAAUGCUCUUUUGCGAAGUUACCUCGAAUAUGUUCAUCCGUAUAUGCCACUGAUCGAGAUACACGAUCUUCUGCAGAUUAUUGACGAUGGGACUGGGGAAUCUGGAAAGAUCAGCUUAUUGCUGUUCCAGGCGAUCAUGUUUGCUGGAACUGCCUUUGUGGAUAUGGAUUUCCUUCGUGCUGCGGGGUACUCGAAUCGAAAAGCUGCAAGGAAAGCGUUCUUCCAGAAAGCGAGGGUUCUCUACGAUUUCGACUACGAAAUCGACCGCGUCUUCCUCGUUCAAUCGCUGCUUCUCAUGACAUAUUGGUACGAAACGCCAGACGAUCAGAAAGAUACUUGGCAUUGGAUGGGAGUUGCGAUAUCGCUGGCACACACAAUUGGACUGCACCGAGAUCCUUCAAAGUCGAACAUGGAACCAAAUAAGAAGAAGCUCUGGAAAAGGAUAUGGUGGUCGUGUUUCAUGCGAGAUCGUCUCGUAGCACUUGGAAUGCGUCGGCCGACCAGAGUCAAGGAGGAAGACUACGACGUUCCCAUGCUUACAGAGGACGACUUCGAGAUCCGGGCCCUCUCUGAGAGCAACAGCAUCAUACCCGCGAAUUGUACAGUUGCUAGAGAUGUUGAUGCCCAGAAGGAGCUGGCGCUGAUGUGUAUUGCAAAGGCGAAACUUUGCCUCUGCAUCAGCCAGGUUUUGAGCGCACAAUACUCGGUCCUCGUCAAGCAUCAAGGAAUGCAGAAUAUUGAAGGGAAUACACGAUCGAACGUGAUGUUGAUUCCAAAGAAGCUGGAUCAGACUGAUGAAGUCAAAAAGUGCGAUGUUGAACUUGUGAAAUGGCUGGACGAGCUUCCAGAGUGCUGUCAGUACUCCAACGAUAUGGUAGUUGGAAACAGUGGCCCACCUCUGUUCGUCCAGCGCUCGCUACUUCACAUGGUCUAUUUCACAACUCUUUCGGCGUUGCAUCGUCCACAAGUCCUUCCUUCGGCAACGACUUCCCAGCCGGACUCGUCGCGCGAACUUCAGGAUCUUUCGCGCAAGAAGGUUCGUGAAGCAUCGAGGGAGAUCACUCGAAUCUCGCAGGAUCUUCACACUCGUAGAUUGGAGAAGUAUCUGCCUACGACAGGCGUGACGGUGCUGCUUCCCGCAAUCAUCAUUCACCUGCUCGAUAUCAAAUCCUGCAACGAUGAAGCGCGGCAGAUGGCCAUGGAUGGGUUUUGCCAAUGCAUGCUCGUUCUCGAGAAAUUGCGGGACAACUACUCAUCAGCUGAUUUUGCAACUCAAUUCCUGGAAGCAGCGAUACGGAAAGCAGAAAUUGAAGUUGUGAUUGGAAACAACGGCAGAUCGAGCAUCCGACAAGAAGAUGUGCAAGCUACGUUGAGUAGUGACAAGUUCAGGGAUUUGAGAGAACGCUCCAAGCAAGCUGCGAUGAGAAGAACGCCUCCUCCAAGUGAGAUCCAAGAGGUUUCUGGAUCGACUGACGCAGGCAUGGGUUACAUCGUGUCGACUGAGAGGGAUGAAGUACAGAACGCUAUUGCAGCGCAUACUCCACCUGACAGCGACACACAUACCAACUUCGAUGCAAACGAUUUGAAACAAGACGUCCAACUUAACGUCAACUUGGUGGAUAUGAAUAUGAAUGGGUACGAGAACGUGGAUUUGAACAUGACGGAUUUUAUCAACUUUGACACAAAUGAAGUUUGUUUCGAGGAAGGAUGGCAUGGGGAAAGUGGUGGUUUGUUGAUGGAUAUGGGAAUGGAUUGGGGUGACCAGACUAUCAGGUGGUCAAGGAUGGGUACACCAGUGCCCGAGGGGGACAUGUUUGUGAAUGUAAGUGGGAUGAAUAAUGAAGUCGAAGUAAGAGGAUGA